AUUACAGUUUUUCCCCCACCAUUUCUUCUGUUGCAACAUGAGUAUCUAGACAUAGUUAUCUUUCCCAUUUUUGAGGAUUCUCAAUAUGAUUAAAUGUUAAAGCUACACAGUAUGGGAAAACUUGUGUAGGGAAUAACACCGUAGCACAAAGGUUGUUCUCAAGAAACCUGAUGAAAAUAUUCUGAAGAUAAUAUUUGGAGUCAGAAAGGCCUUGGAGCAAAUCCUUGCCCUACCACUUCAAAUGCCAGCAUAUUUAAAUUUUUAAACCUGCCUUCAGCAAAGUUUUCACUUAUAAAAGAGAGGAAAUGAAAGUAAUAUUGUCAUUAUCAGUUUGUGUUAAAUUUUCCGUGAGUGAAAUGACAUACUAUUUUGUCAAAUCCUAGCUCCACAAUUGAAUAUUUGGUAAUCCACUCUUCUAGUUUGUUCUUUGCACUUUCUCCUGUAGGAGUGGCAGAAGAAAAACAGACAAGCAACUGAAGAAUGAAAAACCAUACAGAAAUAACUGAGUUUAUCCUCCUGGGACUGUCAGAUGACCCACAGCUUCAGGUUAUGGUCUUUGUCUUUCUGCUCAUCACCUACCUGCUCAGCAUCACUGGGAACCUGACCAUCAUCACCCUGACCCUGCUGGAUCCCCACCUCCAGACCCCCAUGUAUUUCUUCCUCAGAAACUUCUCCUUACUAGAGGUGUCAUUCACAACUGUCACUAUACCCAGGUUCCUGAGCACCAUUAUUACAGGAGAUAAAACUAUUUCUUUUAAUAAUUGCAUGGCUCAGUUAUUUUUUUUCAUUCUUUUGGGAGUCACUGAAUUUUGUCUUUUGGCCGCCAUGUCCUAUGACCGUUAUGUCGCCAUCUGCAAACCUCUGCAUUACUUGGCCAUCAUGAAUCCUAGACUCUGCAUAUUGCUGAUCUUUGCUUCUUGGCUGGCUUCAUUCUUAAUCAUAUUCCCAUCACUCAUGUUGUUCUUAAACCUUGAUUACUGCAAGUCUAAUAUUAUUGACCAUUUUACCUGUGAUUAUUUUCCCCUCUUGCAACUUUCCUGUUCAGACACCAAAUUCCUAGAGAUGGUGGGUUUUUCCUUUGCUGUGUUUAUUCUAUUGUUCACGUUGGCAUUAAUAAUUCUGUCCUACAUAUAUAUCAUCAGAACGAUUGUGAGAAUUCCUUCUACUAGUCAGAGGACAAAGGCCUUUUCCACGUGUUCUUCCCACAUGAUUGUCAUCUCCAUCUCUUAUGGCAGCUGCAUUUUUAUGUAUAUUAAACCCUCAGCAAAAGACAGGGUGUCUUUGAGCAAGGGAGUGGCCGUGCUAAACACCUCAGUAGCCCCCAUGCUGAACCCCUUUAUUUACAGCCUAAGGAAUCAGCAGGUCAAGAGAGCCUUCAUGGAAUUGGCAAGGAAGGUUUGCAUUUUUUUCUAGAAAAUGAAGAAAGAAAAGUACUGUUUCAUAUUUUAGAGGCAUAAUGAAGAGCAGUUAAAUGAAAAUAUGGGCUUUCAAAAUAUAGUACUUUCCGCACAGCCUCCCUAGAGUUAUUUUUCAUUGCUUAUACUUAUGUUGCCAGCAGGUUCCCAAGGAUUUGCAUAUACAUUUUUUUAUUUUUCCUUUUAAAUUCUAAUUCUUCUCAUGAAAGUUAUUUUUCAAUUUUUUCCCCAUUCUAAUUCCCUUCCUUUUCUCAUGCUCUUUCUUUCCUUUGUGUUGGUCUUUCCAGUCUGUACCUAUGACACUGGUAUCAUUUCCUUCUUUGAAACUUUUUUUUUUUGUCUUUUUGUCUUUUCUAGGGCUGUACCUGUGACACAUGGAGGU